AUGUUUAUGAUAAUUAACAUAAUCUAAUAAAUCGUAUUCUCAUAGUCUAUUGCGAAAAAAAAAUAACUUGAUAUUCGUGGGCUUACAAUUUAUUAUUUUAGUUUUCUAUAUCAUCUGCUGUCGAAUAAUUACUGGAAAACCCUGGUACUCUAACUACAAACGCUUCCACGCAUAGCUCCAAUCCAACCACAAUCAGUUCAUCAGGAAACUUAUCAACAUUACCCGGGUAACCUGACCAGACGACUCAAGCGGAACUUGUGCCGUGACUUAAAAAUUGUAUAAACUGUAAAUAAUUGUAAAUGCAAAGCCGCCCGUGUCUCUGAUGUUAGACUUCCUGCCAUGUCAUUAUUUACUCUUAGUUUCCAAUUCCCCCAUAACUAUUGCUCAUUGUGCACAUAUAUGUAUAGAUUGUAAUAUUUCUAAAAAAAAAAUUAUCAAAAAGUAUUUAAAAUAAAACUGAACUCGAGUUGGGGAACUGACGAUAUUGCUAUAAUAAGUACCGUGUGUGUUGAUUAAAAAGCUCUAAAAACAAUUGAAUGAUUAAUAAUGGCUCAAUUAAUUCUUGAUGACUCAAUAUUAUUGACAUAAGAAUAAAAAUUAAAAACUGAGCCAAUGGAUACACAGUAUUAGUCAUUUAUCCCGGUUAUGUUUAAUGACUUUAAUAUAAUUUUUAAUCACCUAUCACUAAUAACUUAUAAAUUAUUACAGCUUAUUAUGCUUUUUGUGGGGUUGUUAUAGCGUUUAGUCUGUAUGUUUUUUAACACCCCCACCACUGACCAUGUUUAUUAAUUACAGCCUUCAGGUUACCUAUAAUAAAAUAAUGAAAAAUAUUUUGUAUGACAAUACGGACAUUGUUAUAAAUUAGUUUUCAAAAUAUAAAUAUAAAUAUUGAUAAAUAUGGUACAUUUUAUUUCGUCAAUUAAGGUUGCUAUUUUUGGGUACGCGUCUGAUAUGAAUAAUAAAUUAUAGCGAGUAAAUAUUACAAUGUAUACUUACAUCUGUCGUUUGUUAUAUAGGUACUAAACGAGUUCAAUGUUCAUAUACUAUAAUAAUAUAAUGUAUAAUAAAGUAAAUGUAUGACAUGAUUGUAAAUGCUAAAUAAUAAUGCAUUUUUACUGAUAUAAAAUUUAAAUUAAUGUAACUUUCCCACGUUUUAUUAAAUAAGUAAACAAACGAAAAAUAUCGAUAAAUAUACCAAUUAAUUUAAAUUCUCGUUGUCAUACUAUUAUUACGCACUAUUCAAAUUCUGUUAACGAUUAAAUUCUUGAGACACAACUGAUAACGGACUAAUUCCAAAUUCCAAGAUGACGAAACACUCUUUAUCGAUCGAUCCAUUAGUGACCGGAAAAUGGGCAACGUUUCUAAUCAUUCAGUCUACGCAUCGUAUCCAAGAUACACGCAACACGUUCCGCGGUGCACGAGAGGAUUAAUAACAAUAAUUUGCAUCAUCCAAAUAUCGAAUUCCAGUUUUGUGGGAAUGUUUAAGGUGUUUUUGGGUGGCCGAUUCAAAACUGAAGUAAGACUCAAGUCCACGGAUGCGUGUCAUUGCGCUGUGAUCACGGAAAUAGAAUAUUAUUUAUACUCGUGACGGUAGCUAUAAGCAUGACGGACGAAAGUUGGAUCGACCAAGACAAAACCAAAAGUUACGAAUUUUUACUUGAACGUAUGGCCGGAGGAAGGAUGGCUGUAUACAUUAAGAAGUUCGAAAUACUCCAAAAGGAGACAGCCAACUCGACCAUGCUCAUCGAUUGUGUGCCUGUCAUCAUGGACCUGAUCACGUGCGAUCUGAACGUGGACAAAGCGUUACGACAGUCGUUGCUCCGUAGUCUUGUUCAAAUGGUUGUUUCGUCGGAAAAUGUUGUGCAAAAGCUCUCGGCCGCGUGGAAAACGGAUGUGCUGUUGGGAAAUCUGGUCCGAGUCAUGCGUGAACACGUCUUGACGCAAUACAAACACUAUCAACUGUACACGCACAACGUGGUCACCGUGAUGAAGUGUUUGGCACAAGUCAUGAAAAACAACAAAGCUAAAGAAAAUAAGCUCAUCCAGACCACGUACCUAGUGGGUAAGGACAGCUGCACUAUGUUGGAUGUUCUUCUGAAACCCAUGCAGUAUCUGGUAAACAUGAACAAGAUGUUUAACGAUUUGGGGUUGCUGUUGUUGAACACCGAGGACACGGAUUAUGUAGGCGAAAUAAAGCGUUAUUUGACUCAGGUUUUCAACAAGAUUCAGAGCAAACUCGAUCUUGUGUCAGAAAUUAUUGAUCAAAUUGUCAAACGAUAUGAGAAACGGUGCGAGAAAAACAAAUCAGCCGACGAAAAAUGGAAGAAUUUAAAAGAAAAACUAAGACAGAUUUUUGAAACCACUAUUGUUGCACCUUGUUCGUUUACUUUCAACUUAUAUUUAAAUUACUAUUUUCCUAACGAAGAACACAUCAAUGAGUAUUUGAACACUUUGAUUAAAACAUAAUAACUAAUAAGGUAUUAUAAUAUUAUAUGGUACAUUUUUUUUAUUGCUUAUAAUAUGUAGAUCACUUCUACUAUUAUACAUUUUAGUUUUUAAUAUAAUUUAAUGAAUUUAUUUCUGUUUAAUAACAAUAAUACGACAACGUUUAUUUUUCAGUUAUACAUUUAGCUUAGUAAAAUGUAGGUAUACGCUCAAUUAAGAUUUUUUAAAUCGACAAAUUUGAAUAAACGUCGAUUGUUUUAUACUGCCUACUAUUAUUUUGUCGAAUUAAUCAUUUUAUAUGACUUAUCAUAUUCUUAACAUUUUUUAUACUACUUAAAAGGCAAGUAACCUUCAUGGAUUAUCUUGUAUUUUUUAUAUUUUUGUGUUUUGUAUUUUGUAUUUUUUUUUUUUGUUUAUUAAAGAUCCAUGGCAACAUGGGUUUUUACUUUUAUAUACUUUUAUAUUUAAUAAUUUAUUAUUUUUCAAAUGUUUUUUUUUAUAUUUUGAUAACGUUUUUAUAAUAUGUUAGUAUAAUUUGUAAGUGUUUAAUUUUAAUUUUAAGUUGGUUAACGAAAAGUAAC